GCUGGCAUUAAUCGACAAAAAAAUCCCCAAAUCCAUUCCCUGCGUUUUUUAAAUUACCUAAACAAGGUCGGCGAUCAAAGCAUCCGACCAGAAACCCGGAAAUGGUAGUAGUCCCCCUCGGCCCUGGCAAAUUCUACGGUGGCAGCCUCCCUCGGCCGCGCUUCUACACCGACACCAAGUUCAACCCAGAUCGCGUCGACCCACCACUUCCGGUGAUGGAUCCGCUGCUUUCUCGGGCUAAUGAAGCCCACUGGUCCAUGGGGGGACUCAGCUUCGAGCGCCUCCGCCUCCAGGAUCGGAUCGAAGGCAAAGUGGAAAAGCUUCGUCCACAGGUCGGGGAGCUUCGGGACAGUCCAGAAAAAGAUUUGACCAUCGAUCGCUCUGUGAAGAGGAGGAGAUUCCUUGCUUUGUUUGAUUCUUACGAUGAGAGUGAUGAUAGGAGAGAUGGAGAAUUUUUGAAGGAGAAAGUAAAAAAGGCUUUUAGUAGAGGUGCAGUGAGGAAUCUGGGGGAUGAUUUUGAGAUGGUGGCAGAGGAGAGUAGUGCAGUAAGAGAGAAGAGGAGCACCGGGGUUGGUGCCAAUGUGAUGAAGAUUGUCGAGCAGAUCACUGAUGGGGUUGGAUUUGCAGGGGAGAAGAGGGUCAAGAAGAUCCUGAAGAACGGUAGGGGUGUGGUGCAGAGUGGGACUAGGACUUCUCCAAGAUCGGCUACUGGGACUAGAACAUCCCCAAGACUGGCCAAGUGUUGUUCAAGUUAGAUCAUGUUAACCCAACAGCAGGAAAGCUUUGUAAGUUGAAUCCUUCCUAUGAGAAUUGCAAAUGGGUUUAGAAGACAAAAAGGGGUUUGAGCUUUCCUUAAAAAUUUCUCAUUCUCUUUGCAUUUUAGCUUUAGUAUUUAAGUGAAAUGCUUGUUCCCUCCGAGUUGAUUUAUUGCAUUCCAACAUCAGCUUGUAAAUGGAUAAUGCUUCAAUAUAAAUGAACAAUUUUU